UACACUUUCUUACAUGUUUUCUGAGUGUCCAGCUGUGGUCUCAUCAUGUUUGGUGUCUGUGUGUCCGUCCUCUGUUAUCUGCUGCCUUUGCUGUCCAUGAGCUCUGGAUCAGUUGAAGAGGAGAAUCCAGAGUUUUGGAGGAGUUCUGCUCAAAACACACUGCGUUCGGCUCUGAGCAGGAAUCUCAACACUAAUGUGGCCAAAAACGUUGUGCUGUUUCUGGGAGAUGGUAUGGGUGUGACCACCAUCACGGCUGCCCGCAUCCUGAAGGGUCAGUUACAGAACCGCUCUGGAGAGGAGACCGUCAUGAAUAUGGACACCUUCCCGCAUGUGGGUCUUGCUAAGGUGUAUACAGUGAAUUUUCAGAUUCCUGACAGCGCGGCGACGGCUACAGCGUAUCUGUGUGGAGUCAAAACCAACCUGAACACUCUGGGUGUGAGCGCAGCCGCUCGCACUGGUGUGUGUAGGACGCAGAAAGGCAAUGAGGUCACGUCCAUCCUCAAAUGGGCUAAAGAUGCAGGCAAAUCUGUGGGAAUAGUGACGACAACACGUGUUCAACACGCCACGCCUGCUGCUUCAUACGCUCACAGCGUCAGUCGGACGUGGUACAGCGAUGCCGACCUGCCGUCUUCUGCCGUCACAGACGGCUGUGUGGAUAUCGCCUCGCAGCUGCUCCGAAACACCGACAUAGACGUGAUCAUCGGAGGAGGACGGAAGUACAUGACGCCUAAAGGGUUUCCCGAUCCGGAGUAUCCCACCGAUCUGAGCGCACAGGGACAGAGAAAAGACAACAGAAACCUCAUAGAUGAGUGGCUGAGCAUGAAGGAGGGAAAGGUUGCAAGAUACGUGUGGAACAAGACAGAAUUUGAUGCCGUGGAUCCUGCAAAAACAGAUUAUCUGAUGGCUCUCUUUGAACCGGGUGAUCUUCGAUUUGAUGUGGAGCGAGACCCCAGCAUGGAUCCCUCCAUCUCAGAAACCACAGAGAAAGCCAUUCAGAUCCUGAAGAAAAAUCCCAACGGAUUCUUCCUGCUGGUGGAAGGUGGUCGUAUCGAUCAGGGACAUCACGACAGUCGAGCGUCCAUGGCGCUGCACGAGGCGGUUGCCCUCGACGACGCUGUCGCCCGUGGACUGGCGCUGACCAAUGAGGAGGAGACUCUGACGAUCGUCACGGCUGACCACUCCCACGCCUUCACCUUCAACGGCUACCCGUUCAGAGGGAACAGCAUUCUGGGAAAGUCUCCACUCUUUGCCACGGACCUCUUACCCUACACAACUCUGAUGUACGGAAACGGACCGGGACACAAAAUCACAGACAACAAGCGUCCAGACAUCCGUGACGUCGACACCACCGCUGACGACUACGUUCAGCAAUCGGCCGUCCCUCUGGAUUCCGAGACUCACGGAGGCGAGGACGUGGCGCUGUUUGCCCGCGGCCCCAUGGCUCAUCUCUUCCAGGGCGUUUACGAGCAGAACUACAUCGCACACGCCAUGGCAUACGCGUCCUGCGUCGGCACCAAUCAGGAACACUGUGCUGCCACUGCUCCACCUGAAAAGAUUCCUUUCACAUCCACUGACGUGGGAGGCUCCGCCCCCGACACGCCCCUUUGCACUAUGAUGACACUGAUGCUGAGCGUAUUGAUGAGCGUUUUACUGCACUGAUAUUCAGCAAUCAAUCAUAAUUUGAGCAUAAAUCAAGCCUUCAGUCAAGAAAACCCUUAAAUUAUAAUAUUUUGGGAGUCUAAACAGAAAGAGAACAUGAAAUGGCAAAUGCAAUGCAUCUUUUUUCUUUUGCAUUACUGUUAAAAUGAUCUUUAAGCAGAAAUGACAGUCUUUCUCCUCCACUGGAAACAGAUGUACAUAUUUUUGUCUAUUAAAAUGCUUUUUUAGCAUGAGAUUGUCCCAUGUAUGUUAAUAAUACAAAUUAUCUAACACCGAAUAAAGUUGUAACCAAACAUUCUCCAGCAACUACUAAUGUCCCUGGCAAUUUUAUUUAAGCAAUGAAAUAUAUGUGUAUGUAAUGAAAUAGGUCACACCAGUGAUAUUAUCUGAGAAGUGAACAUAUGAUGUAGCUGAAGUGCACAAUUCAGUUGAGUAAUAAAG